AUGGGUCAAGCUGGAUCGGGUGGCAGGCAGAUCAGCCCGCCGCUCACACCGAUCUCGCAGUCGACGCAGGUGACGAGACGCGCAAUCUCCGUGCCGAUCACACAGCAUCAUCCCACCCAUUCUCCGACAUCCUCUCAGGACAAGACACCGACGCGGAAGGAAACGGCGUCAGGAAGUAUCAAGCGCAGAGACAUCAGCUUCAGUGUGCCACCCGGCGAGACGCCGAGAAGCCCGGUAGCAGCGGAAGUGUCGAGCCCGAGAGUUCGGAUGAAACGGGUACGCACGACCUCCAUGGUUCCACCAGCUAGCCCAGUCACCUCGAGCUCCAGGGCUGAAACUGUUCGCCGUCUGCCAAGACCUUGGCAGGUGAGAGACGAAGAAGAAGAUGAAGACGAAAGCGAAGACGAAACCAACUUCCUACAAAUGCCAGCCUCGCAGCCAACGCCUAAUAAGCGGAUGAGGUCGGAAAGCCAGGCGGUCGAGGAAAUUCUACGUCGCGAUGAACCUCUGCCAGCCCCCACGGAAGAAGAUACAGGCUCGAACGCAAGUCAGGCGAGCCAGAGCUCGCUGUCGCCGUCGCUGCCGACACCCGCUCAGGGCAUGCCGCCUCCAAGCCAGCAGGAUGAGGCACUUCCAAUGCGUCACGACGAGCCUCUACCAGCACCCGUCGCAGAAGAUCCACGUCCCAGUCCAAGCCAGGCAAGUCAAAGCUCGGAGGCACCAUCGCAGCCGACACCUGGUCAGGGAAUGCUACCUCGAAUAGAGCAGGAUGAGGCGCCUGCGCAAGUGAGUCGCGACGGACAAGUUUGCGGGAGCUCAAGCCAGGGCAGUCAGAGCUCGGUGGCAUCGUCACAGCAAACGCCUACUAAGCGGAUCAGGUCGGAAACCAAGCAAACCAAGGCACUUCCAGUGCGUUGCGACGAACUUCUUCAAGAACCUAUCGCAGAAGAUGCAGGUUCGAGCGCAAGCCAGGCAAGUCAGAACUCCGCGGCACCAUCGCACCCAACACGUGCUCAGAGCAUGCCACCUCCCAGCUCGUCGCGUUCGACACCUGCUCAGGGUCUGAAACCUCCAGGCCCAUCGCAGCAAACGCCUACAAAGCGGACAAUGUCUGAAAGCAAGCAGUCCGGGGCACCUGCGCCAAUGCGUCGCGAGGGACAAGUGACACGCUCGAGCCCAAGCCGCGGACAAGUGGGAGGUCCGAGCCCAAGCCACGAACAAAGGGCACGCUCGAGCCCACACCAGCGCGGUCAGAGUUCGGGGGCGCCCUCGCAGCCGACACCUGCGCGACCUCCAAGCUCAUCGCAACCAACACCUGAUCGACGUAUGCGAACUCGAAGCCAGCCUGCCGAGGCACCUGCAGUGCUUCCAAACGGACAAGUUGCAGGCUCACGCUCACGCUCGCACCAAAGCCAGCGCGGUCAAAGCUCGGUGGCAUCGCAGCGGGAACCAUCGCAUCCGACACUUGCUCAGGAUAUACGACCUUCAAGCUUAUCGCAGCUGACGGCACUUGCAGCUCGUCGCGACGAACAAGUGCACCCGAACCCAAGCCAGGGCAGUCAGAGCUCGGGCUAUUUGGAGGCCGUACACGAGCCGCCAUCCGACACGCUGAGAAGCGAGUACUUCAUGAUGCCGGUGAUCGACCCACCAGAACGGUGGGAGAGGACGAAGAGCACUAGCCCCGAGAGAACAAGGCGGACCAGCCGUGGCAGUUCGACCGAUUCGUCACUGCCUCUCGCCAGUCCUGCAAAGAGAAAGGCAGCUGUGUUGGCGGAGGAGAAGACGCGAACACUCGUCAUAAAAGCAAGACGAUCUACUACGAAGGAUGACGACAAUGUGGUUGUGAGCGCUCAGCGCCGCUCAAGCACCGCCAUUGAUGUGGAUGCAGAGGAUACGUCCGUGAUUCGACCAGGAGCACGGCGUCUGUUUCGCACGCAGUCUGCGUCCACCGUGGCACCACGCAGCUUGGCUGCAACCUCGCCACCCGUGGUUAAUGCGCAUGCUUUCAGCUCGCUUGAAUCGAUACUAAUGCCCGCUAUGCCUUCGGCAGAUGCGUCGCUGGAGGCGCUUGCAGUGGACGAUGUGAAUGGGCUGGCGCAGGCAUGGCUGUUGAUUUCCCAGACCCACACACACGUGCAGCUGCUCAACGAUCGACUCCAAUCCACACUCUCCUCGCUAGGCAUCUCGAACCGAAACGACGGGAGCCGCCUUAAUGCGUAUCGCAAGCAGGCGGAUAGAGCCGCGCGGUGGGCCAACGCACUCGCGAGACAAACGCAUAUUGCCCUCCGAACCGGCGCAAAGUCGAUCGAAGUCUGCGAGUUUCCGGAAGCACCACCGAGGAACCCGCGUAGGACAUCAAGUCAAAGAGCAAGCAUCCAGUCAAGCCAGCUUCCUCGCACGCAGUAG